AGCCGCCCGACACCAUGCCUGGCAGCGAUACCGCCCUGGCGGUGGACAGGACUUACUCGGACCCCGAGAGGCACCGGCGCUUCAAAACCCGGGACAAGGUGCACAACCUGUGGCAUGCCUCAUGUGUCUUGCAGAGCACUUUUGUGGAAGAGUGAAAUUUGAACAUCCCCUGUGAUCUUCUUGCACUAGCGCAACUUUGUUGUAGGUGGCUUAAGAGCAAAGUCUUAAUUUGUUGAAAACAUGCUUUCCUGCUGUCCUCCCAGAAAAUCCUGACAAGAAACCAUCAUAACUACUAAUAUGAACGUAUGGCUUGCUUUGUGCUCUUCAGUAGAAAGACAUGACAUGAAUACGCUCAGUUUGCCUCUUAACAUUCGUCGGGGAGGUUCGGACACCAAUCUCAAUUUCGAUGUACCUGACGGUGUGUUUGAGUUUCAGAAAGUAAAACUCAAUGCAGACAGCUUGAAACAAAAGAUUCUGAAAGUUAAGGAACAAAUCAAAAUAGAACAAACUGCUCGGGAUGGGAAUGUGGCCGAGUAUUUAAAGCUGGUAAACAGUGCAGACAAACAGCAAGCUGGGCGAAUUAAACAAGUCUUUGAAAAGAAGAACCAAAAGUCUGCCCAUUCCAUAGCCCAGCUUCAGAAGAAACUGGAACAGUAUCAGAGAAAGCUCAAGGAUAUUGAACAAAAUGGUUCCUCCAAGAGUACGAAGGAUGCAUCCAAAGACAGCCUAAAGGAAAUCCAAUCUCUAAAGGAUGCCCAUGGAAAAUCUCGUACUACUGGCCACAGCAGCGAAAGUAAGACAGGCGUUCCAGGGGUCUCAUUGACACCACCAGUAUUUGUUUUCAGCAAAUCCAGAGAGUUUGCAAACUUGAUCCGGAAUAAAUUUGGUAGUGCUGACAAUAUUGCUCACCUAAAGAGCAACUUGGAUGACUUCAGACCAGAAACUAGUCCCAGGGCCUAUGGUGGCAGUGCCACUUUAGUGGCUAAACCAAAAUACACCAGUGAUGAUGAGUGCUCAAGUGCAACAUCUGGCUCUGCAGACAGUAAUGGCAACCAGUCCUUUGGCCAUGGUGGGCCAAAUGCACUGGACAGCCAUGGAAAACUUUCCAUGCUCUUGGAGGAACUGCGGGAAAUGAAGGAGGCACAAUCUCAAUUGGCAGAUGACAUAGAGAAUUUAAAAGUGCAGUUCAAGAGAGACUAUGGCUUUAUUUCUCAAACACUGCAGGAGGAAAGAUACAGGUAUGAACGAUUAGAAGACCAGCUCAGUGAUCUAACGGACCUCCAUCAGCAUGAAACGGCCAACCUGAAACAAGAGCUAGCUAGUAUUGAAGAAAAAGUAGCAUAUCAGGCUUAUGAGCGGUCACGAGAUGUUCAGGAAGCCCUGGAAUCUUGCCAGACACGGGUGUCUAAGCUGGAGCUCCAUCAGCAAGAACAGCAAGCAUUGCAGUCAGAAACUGUUAACGCCAAAGUCCUCCUGGGGAAAUGUAUAAAUGUGGUCUUGGCCUUCAUGACUGUCAUCCUAGUGUGCGUCUCUACCAUAGCAAAGUUUGUAGCUCCUAUGAUGAGAAGUCGUUUCCAUAUUAUUUGCACCUUUUUUGCAGUAACUCUGCUUGCAAUUUUAUGCAAAAACUGGGAUCACAUUGUCUGUGCAAUAGAAAAAAUGAUCAUACCAAGAUGAAUUGAUAUCUCCAGAGCCUUGCUAUUUUUAAAAGAUGAAAAACUGCUAAACAAAUUACCAGAUCUUUAAUUUUGCAAACUAGCUGAAGACCUUUUGCCUUCUGAGUAUAAAGUUGUAAAACUGCUAACUCCUAGCAGUACAUUUGCCUGAUCAGUCAUGUUGUAUGGGAUGAGGUGAAUCUGUUAUGAAUCAAUUACUCAUAUAGAUCUUUUUGCCUUAAUCCAGUCAACGUUUCCACAUAACAGAACUCUCAGUGGUCAAGCCAUUGUAUUAACUAGAUGAGUUUAAGAGAGCUAUAAUAGAAAUAACUAACAACAGUCCUACAAGACUACAUUUUAAUAUAUGGUAACCUACAUUAUCUGACUUCCAUGUAAUAGUUUCUUUUCCCCUUAUGGAGCAGAUUCAAAUGGUAAACUGAGAAGUAUGCAUCUUGAAAAUGUUGGUUACAUUUCCUGGUGGAAUUAAUAUCUCUUUUGCCUACUAUUGACAUUUGCCAAGUAUUUAUGGAAAAUUCUUGCUUAACUGUUUCUAGAGAUUGUUUUGCCUUACAAAUUAGUUUCUAUUCCGAUUCUGUUUCCUGAUCAUAAAAAUCUACAAAUGGCUUUGAUGAAUGAAUGUGCCAAGCAUGCGGUUCUUCCCAUGGUCCAUUUAAUGGUUUCUGUGCUUUUGGGGAAAAUCUCUGUGGUCUAUGAGGAGUUCCUUUUUGUCAGAAAUGCAGAGGUAGGAUAUCCUCUUCACCUUCUUGCAGAGUUAUAAAGGAUGUUGUUAUGAUCGGGUGGGAGUUGGAGGGAGGAUUUACAUGAGCAGAACAGUAUCACUUUUUCCUGAUUUUUCCUCUUCCAUAUUUUUCAACCAUUUAAAAUGCACAUUUUCCCUUUGCUCUCCUCCUUCAUCCCUUCUCCCUCUCUAAUUCAGUGCUCCCACCCAUCUGUCCACUUUGUGAUGUUAAGUACUACUUAGUGAUGUUCUACAACCUAGAUUCAGCUAUAGCAGGCAGUACUCUCAAAUCAAUGCAUUUCAACCUUCAAUAAACGCCGCUGUCACUGUGAAGUUUAUAUGGAAAUAAAACUUCAUGUAAAAGAAAUCCUUUCACAAGAUAUUUGAAUACAUUUUGACUAGGAAGUAAAAAGAUAGAUGAUAUGUUUCUGUUUCAAUUUAAUUUUUAAAAGAGCACUUGCUCAUCUCAUUUUCAGCACUAGCUGGGGCAAAACUGUCUUAACACUUUUUGUGUACAUUGCUUUGCUUGGAACUCAAUGAAGCAGUCUUGUCAUGGUUGCAAUUUCCCAUUUAUUUCAAUGGGGUCUGCACAGGAGACACUUCUAGUGGAUUUUGCUCCUAAAGCACUUCCAACACAUUUGCCUGUGAAAGUAACAGUGCAGAUGGCUAGUGCUUUUCUAGCCCACUUUACUGAGUCCAUAAUGGAAAUGUCAGGGUUAGUGCUGGGAAACCAGCAGUGUAGAACCUGCAAGAAUACAAUACUUGCAAGUCUCAAGUGACAGUGAAGAAAUGGGAAAGACUGUGCAGCCCCUCAUGGGGAAAGCCCAGAGCCUAGAAAGCCCCUUUGGAGCCUUGGUAAGUUAUGAGGCGCUAGUACAUUAUGAGGAAAGAUGAUGCUAACUGUGUAAAUACAGGUAAUGUUUGUGCUUUAAAAAUGGUUUCAAAUCAGUGACUGACAUUCAGACUAACAACGUGUUUGUGACUGAUCCUAGGGGUUAGUGGCAAUUUUCAUUGAUCUCCCUUUUAGGCUGAAGCCCACUGUGACUUCCAAAAAUAUGUCCCUAGGUCCACACAGCCCUAUUUUCAGGAGUCACAGUAGGCUUCAGAGCAGAGGGGAGAUCAACAAAAGUUGUCCCUAUCCCUAGGACCAGCACAGCAUUGCUACACAGGCACUUUGUUAGUUUGGAUGUCUGCCAGUAUGUUUUCGUUUUCAUUUCCCCGUCAAGUCUAGUUCCAUUAAAAACAACAACAACGGCUGCACGUCUAGCACUGUCAAUUCUUUCUCCUUCAGAAAAUGCAAUAAACCCUAUGUCACCAUAAAAGACCUUCUGCAUGCAGAGCAGAUGCUCUGAACUAUGAACUAUGGCCCUGCCUCUUAGCUGUAGCCCCCUCCCCGAGCCACAGCUGCCCCAUCAUGUAGUCCACAAAAGUCAUGUUAUAAUAAGAUGUUGUAGAACUCCAUUGGUUUUUUCUGCAGCAUACUAACGGAGUGAUUCUCAGAAAACUGUUUGUCCUUCAGUGAUCCAGAAGUGGUGACAACAGGGAUGUUUUUAAAAUGUAAAAAAGUACAUCCGGCUGAGUUCAAAGAGGCUUACUCCCAAGUUUAACUGUGUGAAACCCUGCAGAACCUCUCUGCAUAACUGUCAGACAUGAUAUAUAAAUCAAGAUACAAUCAAAGUAAUACUUGCCUUUUCUUCAUUGAAUCUUAAUAAACUGAAUGCUGUUUAUAGCAAACAAAGAAUUCCAAAGUAUCUCAGAGGGCAAACAAAAUUGGGUGCCUGGAUGUAAAGCUUGCUCUCUACAAUUUUCAGGCUUGUAGUAUAUUCCUUUGAGGUUUUUGUUUUUAAACUAUUUUGUCAUGUUUAGUUAUUUUCUGCAUGUUACAUAUGUCUAUCUCCUAUAAAACCUCCUAAUUUGGAAUUUAAAUAUUUAUUCUGACCAUGGCUGAUUGUUAUCUAAGUAUCCUGCUUGUGCAACCGUUUUUAAUUGCAAUAGAAUAUGGACUGUGAGAAUUAAUGUGCAAGUUUCGUUUAAUUUUUUCCUUCAGUUGCAGCCCGUAAAGUCCCUUCUGUGUAAAUAUAUUUAUUUUCUCUGGAUUUAAUCCAGAACUCAUAUGUCCCUUCCCUUUAGAGGAUUUCCCUUGUUUUGAUUACUGGUCCUUGUGACGCAGCCUUGGAAUAUCUUGCUUUUCCUUUGCUUAAACAGUGCUUUUCUAUAUUUGUUCAUGCACACAGCACUGUAAGCACUGAACAUCAACAUAGGAAUGCACCAGUCUCUCAGCUCAGAACUAUGCUUCAGAUUCAAAAACUGUUCAUGGUAUACAUCUCUUUGCAUACGGCAAUUUGCCAUUUUAAAGAAUAUUUUUCUAAAGUGCUGAUAAUUCUCUUAUGAAGUGUCUAAAUCUCACAGUAGUUAAACAACUUUUUAAAAAGCAGCAAUUCCCUCAGGUGCAAACACUACUGAUUUUUCUUAAUAUAUGUGACCCAUUGUUGUGAAUAGCAGUCUCUUGUUUACACUCUCCUCUUUCACAUGUAUGGUAUUGCAGGCUGGCUUAUCUGACAUUUAAAGUGUUUUGAAAAUGCUUUACAAAAUGUGGAAUUAAUAAGAAACCAGCAACAGUAUAAAGUUUGGAUUUUUUUCUUCAAAAGAAUAAAAGUACUAACAAUUGAAGGUGCCAAGAAUCUAAGGUGUAAAAAACUAUCACUUUAAGUAAAACUAUCAUUUUAAGUAUGACUAUUGCUCUGUUGCACAAGGAAUGAAGGUUGUGCAGCAAUGCUUGAAGUUGCACAGACGGCUCACUGCAGUGAGGAAUUUUUACAUAUUCAUGGGAAACAAAUGCUGUUCCAUGGAUGGCAAAUGUGAUGUCAAAACCGACUCUUGGUUUACUUAAAAUCUUAGAGUAAUUGACUUUUCCUUACUUUCUGUCCCCGGUUUAGUACCCAACAACAUCUGCCAGCCCAAAGGCUCAGUUUUGUUUGGAUUUUUAUUUCACCACUAUCUACCAAACUGCAGAGCAGACAUUACAUUCUAGGCAAACCAUUCUGGUUUCUGUUGUUCCCAAGCUUUGACUGAAAAGAUAUUAAUUUUCAAUAUUUCUCCAAAGUAAUUUAGUACAUUGCCAGUAUUUCUGUGUCAGAGGUACCUUGUUGAGUCACAUUAAUGUGGUAUGAUUUAAAUAUGAUGCAGUAGAAGCCACUAAUGCUGAACAGAGGCAGCAUACUAAAAGCAUUCAGGUUUGUAAGUAACAAAAAUCCUAUUACCAUUAAUAAACUCUGAGGCUGUUCUUAUGAGCAGCCAAGACUGGGCUAGGGCAACUAAGCCCUGGGCUUGACUGCUUGUGGGAACCUUCGGGAGUCACACGGCUCCCAGCAGUACUGCAGCAAUGUACCAGGCUAAGGAGCCGGGCUGUUAAACUAAGUUAAGGGAGCGAAUGCUCUCUUAACCCCAUUUAAUUAACUGUGUGUCAGCGCUGGCUGCUUUCACUCGUAUUCACAAUUGCACUCAUGUGGUGCAUUGUGGGAUUUCUGGGGGCCAGGACGAUGUGUCCUGACCCCCACACCUUGUACUGCCCGUGGCAGCUGCGAACCAUCUGGGCAUGAUUCGUGCACCCAGCAACUCCACAUAGAUCGUCUGCAGGGAAGGCAAGCUGCUGUCACCGCGUUUCCCGCUGUCCAACCUCAAGCCCUUUCACUCAAUCGUGAGAAAGGGCUCUAUAUGAACAAUAACGGCCUUCCAGUUAUGUAUAGACACGUCACAGCCCUCCCUGGGGUUCCCCAGACUUGUUCUUGGGAUUCAGUGGAGCUGCAGACUCUGGAAACGUGAGGGUGGCGGUGGAGAUAGGUCCAAGCUUGUCAUCAUGCUCCACAAAAGUCCAAGGUGGCAUUAGGAAGCACAUAAUGGCUGCAGCUCCUUGCUUCAUUUUAUCGAAAUGAGCAUAUGUGAUGAACUCUGAGCAUGCCAGUUUGAAGCCAAUGGGGCAAGGUGGGGUGUGGAUUUAGAACGCUGACAAUUGUAACAGAAGGACAAAAAAGAGCAAAAAUUCUCAAAACAAUUGCUAAAGUGCAGCUGAAGUGUGCAUACUCUCUCUCUCUCUCUCUCUCUCUCUCUCUCUCUCUCUCUCUCUCUCUCUCUCUCUCUGCGGGAGUUAACUAUCUGUUAACUAUGCUGUGGAGUUAAAUAUGCAGUUAACUAUCCAUUAUUACUGGUUUCCAUCUUUGCAACUCAGGUGACUAGAAAGAGUGGAAAGGGAGGACCCAGGUAGGAUUCAAGUGUGGGCACAGAUUGUAAGCAGUAUCUGGGAGUGGCAGCAGCCAACACUGGCCUGGCUGGAGAUUAGAAGAAUGGAGAACAGAAGAGAAGAGGACAGGAAACUUUAGGCACCAGCCUUCAAAGAUGAUACCUCUUGCUUCUCUGCUGCUUCUUGAGAACCUCAGGCUACUUCAAACAAUCUGAAACCUGCCCAGGCCUUUUGGAGAGCCACUCCGGGGCAGUCCUAAUUUUGACAGUAUUGAGCCCAAUGGGAGUCUCUCCCCACUAUAACACUAUUGGAAAGUGCUGUGCAGACUUCAGCAAGUGUGAGAAGAACCAUAGCAGCCCACUGAAUUGAGAGGCCCCCUUCCUUCAAGCGCUUCCCAAUGCUCUACCGCUUUUCAUGGGUAGUAGAUUUUCGAUAAGCUAAUAAAGGGCACAGAUGAAGUGUCCAUAAUAUUAGUAUUGCUAUUGGGGUGUGAUACAGAAAUGUGAGCUUGUAUCAUGCAGACUUUUAAGGGAAACUGAUAUCUCUUAAGCCAAAGUAAUAGCAAUUAAGUGAAUAUAGUCCAACUGAUUUAGGAGGGAAUAAUCUGGUUUAAAUCUAAACCAGUUUAAAAUCUAAAUCCAACUUUAAUUAAUCUACUAUAUUAUUGACAUGACUGGUGGUACUACACUGACAAUAAAUGAUACAAGAGCCCAGCUGAUUCAAGUGAAGUUUGUAUACAUUCAGAUCACCCAGAUAUUGUCUUAGAAUGUCCUAUUAAACAUUUGCAGUUCUCUCCACACAUCACAUAUCAGAAAAUGCAACUUUGUCACUGUGUGAUCAUGCAGCAAGCAGUUGCAGCCAAUCUUAACUCUCUGACAGGUGUACUUCUACAGGCCUGAGGUUCACAGAAAACAAACUGCAGUCACUGCAGAAACUGAGCAAACCUCUCCUGAUUAAUCACUUGGAACAUGUUAGCAUUCUUUUUCUGGUAGGUUGUUUCUACAUCCACUUUGUGACCACUUGGUAUCUUUAUGACCGUUUGUUUGGUGCAUCCAUAUACUUCUAUUAUGUGUACAUAUAAAAUGUGUGAAGCAGUUUUGAUUCAAGAGGUUUGGGGGUAAACACAGACCUGAAACAGCUAAACAAUUUUUCCACAAUUGCUUUGUGAGUAAUAGCUGAGUGAAUUCUCAUUCACAUUACCUCAUCAUCUUUUUUGCCUUAUAUGGUGUCUUAUUCAUGGAAUUCAAUGGUGCUUUUAUUUUAUCUGAUUGUCCAUGAUACUCGUUCUCAUAGUUUCACUAUUGGAUAUAUUUAUAUAUAAUUUUGACACAUCAAACACCUGCGAUUUGAGUUAUAAAUAUAAUUUACAUACUUGAUUAAGAAUGUGUUUAGCUUCUUAGGGAAACUAAUGCUAAAAAUUCUCCAUAGUGCUUUGUCAGUGUCUUGUCUGAUUUGUUUUAAAUAAAAUUUGACUCUAGACUGAAGAUGUGCAAAACAGAACUAAACAGGUAGGAUGUUUACAUUUGUUAUUUUUACAUUAGAGCAAGAAAAUAUAUUUCAGCAAGAACACUGAAAUAUGUGUGGAAUCUCAUGGCUUACCAAUCAUUGUACAAAUACAGGUUUGGACUUUUAACUACCAGUAUGAAUUUUGAAAACACUGUACAUACUGCUUGCAUGGUGACUGGGUGAACUGUCCUGUAAAAUUUUAAUUUAUUGCAUAUGUUUGGUAGACUGAGUUGUACCCCAAACUGUCCUUCCUUCCUUUUUAUGUAAGAUAAUGCCAAUCAGGCAAUGUGGAAAAAGUCUACAAAAGUCUAUUUGCAUUGAAUAGAAAAUUGGUCUCAGUGUAUGUAACAUACAGCAUAACCAUACCACUUUCAUUUUGUGUGGCACUGUGUAAAAUAUAAAUGUGUUGGCAUUCUCUAUUGUGUUUUCUGUAGAUUUCAUAGGGUGAUCAUGACUGCCUCAAGGAACCAUCAAAUUUUUUAAUAAAAAGUUUUUAAAUUAA